CUGAGCUGAAUAGCUGAUGACGACGUGACGCUGACCGCCAUCCCUACUCGACCUCUGCACCUUGAACAGUCUGCCCCCUCACAACCCCCAUUCCGGGGUCUACGUCGCCCCAACCCGUUUGGCGAGGAAGAAGAGGAUGAGGAAGAGGAGGAGGGGGCGAUCCAAGCCGGCCAGAGCGAUGAUCAUGCAGCCGCAGACGAAGUCGUCGAUCCAGCCGUAUCCGCCUUUCUGGCCCAACAACGCGCUGCUAGCACCUCACACCAAUCAGAAGAGGGGGCCAGAGCAAAAGAGGAGAGAAUGAAGGCUGGAGGGGUAAGGGGGGUCAAAUCGCGCUACCAGCGGGAGAAGGAGGAGGCGGAACGCAAGAAGGCUGAACAGGCUUUGGCUGCUGAAGAAGCGUACAAGGACUUUGCUGCUGCGAUGGAUGGUGGACGUACGCGUGGGACUGGGGGAGGGGAAGGGGCGAGGAGCAAGACGAUGGGGUUCGUUAGUGCGGGUGGUACGAGCGCAUACGCCCCAUCACGCCAGACACAGGCUUCAUCCUCCUCCGCCGCGAUUCCUUCGGCGCCCAAGGCCAUGCGUCUCGCAGAGUCAGGCGCUGCUAAGCCUACUUUGAAGACGAUGUUCGGCGACGACGAAGAGGACGACGACGACGUCCAAGCCCCAACAAAGGGCAAUGCAACCUCGCCUCCCCCCGUCGCACCGACCAGUCGAACUCAAAGCGCCACCUCCCACGGCCUCGGUCCCCCGCGCACCAAAUCAGGCGGCGGCGGCGGCGCAAUGAGCUCCUUCCUCACCGAACUCCAACGCACUCAAGCGGACCGCGAGGAGCGCUACAAGGACCAAAUAGCAACGGGUCGUUCCGUCUCCUCCAUCCUUGCUGCUGCCGCCGCGGGCGCACGGGGAACCACAGGAUCGAGAGAUACGGGGGAUCCGGCCACGACGAAUGUCUGCUUUUUGAACCUGCCCGCAAAUGUGACCGAGAUGGCUUUGGGCGAGUUUGCUAGUAAAUGGGGGGAUGUAGGGUCUGUGAAGAUCAUGUGGCCGCGCGGCUCAGACGCCCAAGGCGGGGCCGGUGGCGGUAUAAUAGCUUUGCGUACCUCUCGCUCCUCUGGCCUCUUUGGUUUCGUCAGCUUCAUGUCCCGCGAGGACGCCGAGCUGGCCUACAGUGAGGGGGCGACGACGAAUUGGGGUGGAUGUGCGCUCAGUACCAGCUGGGGCAAGGCUAUGCCCCCGCCGCCUAUGCCCAGGUUCUACGCUUCGGCUGAGCGUCGUGAUCGGGGAAGGGGGCCGCUGGGGAGGGAAGAUGAGGAGGGCAGGGAGAGAGACAUGGGACAAGGUAGGAGGAAACGCAAGCUCUCCCCUGGAGGCAGCGAGCGUCCACACCGCCGGCAGCGACGCUCGAGGAGCCCUUCGCCACGUAGCCUUCUCGUGCGGCAGGUCGAGUCGUCCGAUCCUGAAACGGCACAGCUGAUCCGCAGCAUUGCAGAGCGUGUACGCUCGUACGGUCCUUCGUUCGAGAAGCUGGUCAAGGAGAGGGAGGCGAGCAAUCCUUCUUUUGCUUGGCUGCGAGGCCGUACCGAUAACGAUGACGACGACCAUCGCGCGACGGAGAGCGACAACUGUGCUCAAAGGGAGUACUACCAGCUCCUCCUCAACCCACGCUACGAGGUUUCCCUCCCCUGCAAAGACUUCUCCGACUCCGGUCCCACCGACCUCUAUUCAAGCGACAGUGGCGAGGACUCAGAGCGUGAGCGUGUCAAAUCCCUCUCCGCCAAACGACGCAAGAUGGCCCCCGUCGCCAGCACCACCACCAUCGCUGGUACCACUCCCCUCUCUACAUCCUCAGCUCUCUCCUUCGACACAACGCUGCUCGGCCCGCAGGCAAGAAAACGCUUCGAAGCAAUGCUACGCUCCCUCACGCUGAGGAGGGAGCGUAUAGCCCGAGCGAUGUGCUUCGCAAUCACCCACGCCCACGCGGCGGAGAUCGUCGUUCGUAUCCUUUUGCGAUCCCUCCUCAUCCCCACCACUCCGCUGCCACGCAAGCUCGCCCGCCUGUACGUCCUCUCGGACAUCCUGCACAACUCUGCGGGCGGCGGCGGCGGCGCAGGAGCAUCGAGUGGCGAGGGAGCAACCCUCCCGCCUAACAAUGUAUGGCGAUACAGACAUUGCUUAGAGGGUGAUGCUAUCGUUGGGGUCUUCCAGCAUAUGGGGGACGUGGCUAGGAGUUUUCCGGGGAUCAUGAAGCAGGAGGCUCUUAGGGGGCAAUUGAGGGGAGUGGUGGAUGUGUGGGAGGGUUGGUUGGUAUUUGCGCCUCAGACUUUGGAGGGGUGUAGGGCGGGGAUUGAGAGGGGCAGUGCGGGCGCGGUGGGUGGUGCGAAGGGAAGGGGGGUUGAUGUGGAUGUUGAGGAGGGGAAAGCUGUUCCUGAGCCAAGCAGCAGGGACGUGAGAAUGACGGUCGCAGCGGGCUUCGAUGAGGAUGAUGAUGAGGACGAGGACAUCGAUGGCGAGGCGCUCUGAGCGAGUGAGAGCGAAUCAGAUUGGGCAUUGGCAUCGUCCAAAACUGGUGUGUGUGUGUGUGUGUGUCUAUGGGUGGUGAAGCUAUCGUUGUGGAUGAAUGG